GAUGAAGACUUGUCUACUGCCAAAGAACUACUCGCGCAAGGUAUCAACACUGAUCCGAACAACCAUACAACCAUAUUUCCUACGCCCAUCGCUCAUUCGUUAUGGCACGAAAACACAACUGGGAUCGCGCCCUUCAGGACGCAAUCAAUUCCAUCAGCAUUCAGCCCUCAUUGAUAGGCUAUAUCUCCGACGGUAUUGCCCUCUGCGGAAAAGGCUGUGUCUCGGAUGCGAGGGCAGCAUUCGAUGUUGCAUCAAUGUACACGGAACAAGAUUCACAAAUCCUCCAUUUCCUGCUCUUGAUCAAAGCUAUCGCACUGUUCGAUGCAGAUCACCAUGACGAGGCAAAUCUGCUCCUCAAAAAACUCACUGCCGGUUGUCCGCAUGCCGACACUUGUAUGUGUCACAUCGUGGAAGCAUAUCUACGUGUUCAACUCGGAAUCAAAGCCUCGGAUGGCGCACGUUACGACGAAGCCGCCGACCAUUUCGCCGCCGCUCUCGAUUCCAGCAAUUUGUUCUCGAAAUCGGACAUUCAUGAAAUUUACGAGGAUUUGGUGGUGCUCUUCGGCUGGGAUAUCAAAUCAUUGUGGCUCACUGCACACCAAAAACGUUGUCAUGCACUACUUCGGGCAGGUAAACUUCAAGACGCCGUGAAAUCGUACCAGUACAUGAUGGUUUCAAGUGACGAAAAUACUAGAGCCGACUGCCUUGACUGGUCCAAAGCUUUCAUAGAAGAAUGCAGAGCGUUCUUUCUUACCGACGGAGAUACUGCCCUCGCUGCAAGCAAGUUUGACAGUGCUAUUGACCUGUACUCGGCAGCAAUCGACCUGGAUACCACAUCCGAUACCACCUUUGCAAAUCGCAGCAAGGCAAAGUUGGGGAAAAUGCUAUGGGAGGAUGCGCUCUUCGAUGCGCAAAAGGUCACCGAACUCAAUCCUUCAUCUCACUUUGGAUACCAGUUGACGCAUACAGCGCUACUUGGCGCGAGACGUUACGACGAAGCCAUUGAGGCUUUCAAAAUCAUGUUGUCGAAGUUGGACGAUUCUCCCGACCCCCAGAUACGAGAUACGCGUCAGCAGUAUGUCUCUCCAUCUGAAGCAGAAGAUACUAUUCGAAAGGCUGCGCUGGAUGAACUCGAAAACGCCCCCCUUCGUCUGCUCAACACCUCCACGGGUCUUUUAUGUGAUCGAGUGGCACAAGUCAACGCCUUCAAAAUGACUCCAGAGUACAAUGAACUUGUCUCAUUUCUAACGAAGGAUUCGAACUUCCGAACAGAGCGCAUCAAAGACGUAGUGGCGAUGUACUUCCGCUGCGUACUGCUAUCACACAGGUGGGAAGAGGCGGAGGCGCUGCUGCACGACAUCCAGGAUAAAGAUGUGCGCGAGUUGAAUGGACUUGGCGGUAUUGUGAAGUUGCAGUCGUUCUGCAAGGUUGCUCGUGAUGCUGGGUAUCGCUGGGCAUGGAUGGACACAUGCUGCAUCGACAAGAAGAGCAAUACCGAGCUCCAAGAAUCGAUCAACUCCAUGUUCGUUUGGUACCAUCACUCAGCACUUACCAUCGUAUACCUUUCGGACGUCCCGCCUUCAUCCAAGUAUGACGCUCUGGCGAAGAGUGAGUGGAACAGACGAGGAUGGACCUUUCAAGAAUUCCUCGCCUCCAAAGUCAUUCUCUUUUAUCAGAAGGAUUGGUCAUUAUAUCUCGAUGAUCGCUUUCCGAAUCACAAAGAGUCCCCGGCAAUCAUGAAGGAGUUGGAGGAUGCGACGGGCAUAGAUGCUCGAGCCCUGAUCUCCUUUCGUCCAGGUAUGAGCGGCGCCCGAGAGAAACUGCAAUGGGCAUCAAAACGCAUUACCACUGUGCAGGAAGACGUCGCGUACUCGUUAUUUGGCAUCUUCGGCAUCACCCUGCCUGUCAUUUAUGGCGAGAAAAAGCAGAACGCUCUCGGGCGGCUCCUGCAGGAGAUCGUGGCUCGGUCGGGCGACAUCACUGUCUUCGACUGGAUCGGACAACCUUCCGAGUUCAAUAGCUGUCUUCCAGCCCAUAUCACCUCUUACACCACUCCUCCACGCACCCUUCCAUCUUUGUCUGAAGAUCAUAUUCACACACAAUUCUCUUCGCUGCAACAACCCGUGCCUACAGAUCUAGCAUUGAAAUUUUAUGACCAGCUUGAACAGCUGAGAGCUCCUCGCUUUGCAAACUGCAGACUGCAUCUGCCUUGCAUUUCAUUCCGCGUCACAGAAGUCAGACGGAGGCGUGGUCAAGCCCGGGAUACUCCCAUCACAUAUAGAAUCAAGGCAGACGGGCUUCACGACCUGCUGAUCAUCACUGAAGAGACCCUAGUUCAGUUCUCGCGGGCAAAGCCCAUUCGGCAGAGGUUCUUAAUUGUCCGUCCAUGGGAUCGGUAUCUCCUCGGGGUACCUAACUUUGCAGGGCAGCCUGACUUCGCGGACGAUACGGAAAGCAUAGAAGAUUGGAGUGAGCCCGAAUCUCCGACGGACGACUCCCAGAUGGACGACUCUGACGAGUUACCUGGCGGUUUGCCUGUCGAAGAGGAACCUCGCUCACGAGCGUUGCGGUUACUGGUUCGCCUCGGGCAACCUUUCGACGCAUUUUUGCUAGCGCAGCAGCAUGUCGGAGAAUACAAGAGGAUCGCGUCAGACCAUAACAUCAUCGCACAAAUCAAAGACAUUACUUCGGUCGAUAACAUGGAUGUCGGUACCGUAGAGAUACUCUAACCGAAAAAACAGUAUAGUUGGGAGAAAGAGCGGGUCGCAUGUGGAGUGCAUGUGGAGCUCAGGUGGAAGGGGCAGACGCGGAUUGCUUCCACGGAAUCAAACGUUCCGUCCU